UAGAGUGCUUUUUGCCGGUUUAUUGACCAUUUACUUAUUUGACAAAACAAUGCGUCUAGUUAAAGCUGAAUUGUGCCAUACAUUUUCUAUUGUUUCGUGUUAUCAAUAGUAUUUCAGUUAUUUAUCCAUCCGUGUUUAUGCAGUACUACCCUAUAGGCGUAGUACCAUAACUCAUUAAUUUAGUUUUGAGAUAGUUGGCUGAACGUAGCGUACUGGUCAACAGUCUCGAACUUCACACGAGGUUUUUUAAUGCUAAAUGCAAGGCCACUGUGAAGAAAUUAGCAAUUAUUAUAUAACUUUGGCAUAAGCCAUAAGUUGAAAAACAUGAGAAAACCUUCACAUUUAAAGCUGAUACGUCAAAAAAAAACUGAAUAAUUUAAUAAGGAACAUAGAGAUGCCUUUAGGAACUUGUCUGAACAACGAGAUGACCGUUACGAGUUUGUCAAGCGCUCCUUAGCAGUGGAACAUUUAAGUUACUGCAGAUUUAAGCCGACAUUUUAAGCACCCCGUGGUACAUCGGCCAACAUAUCCGUAGGACGAUACGCACCAAACUCAUUGACAAGCGCAAUUGUCAAAUCUCUGUGCAGGGAGUUUCUAUCGUUCUCCAGCCGUGAUCUGCGUCUAGUGGGACUGUGUGGUUGAACCGAACAGUGCGCCGGCUGGGAAGCUGGCAAUGGACAACAGCGACACUUGGAAGGACAUUCAGGCCCUGAAGUCCCGACAGAGCAGUUUUAGGGAAAAGCUUCUUAAGCGGAAGAAAGAGCGCGAAGAAAUCGUUUUAGGAAUUACUGGAGUAGAAUCAGUUACAACUGGUUCUUGCGUUAAGGACGUCGCCGUUGGUAAGGAGGACGAACGCAGCGCCUUAGAUUCCCCUGUAGAGGGAUAUCCCGGCGGAGAUAAACAAGAGCCGGCCAGCGAACAGGAGAUUGAGGCAAAGCUGCUCCUGUGCCUUCUUGAUGUCGCCCUGGACCUGCCUCUUGAUUCGCGCGCUAUCGUGGCCGCUGUUACGCGUAGCCUUGACGAUGUCAAGCAUGUCCCUCAAGCAACCGUCGAUAAUUUUCUCAAGAAAUUUGCUGCUCAAGCAUUCAUCUCAAUCAAAGAAAGCAAAGGAUCGGAUGGUAAGGAAUGUCUAAGUAUAAUUUCGGCUGAACACUCGAAACUACAUGCAUUCAGUCUGACGUUACGCGACCGUGAUGACAGUGUCGAGCCGCCGGAAAAGAAUCAGCGUCUUGCAUCCCUUGUGGCAGACGACGAUAUUGGAAAGGCAAGUGUCCAGGACAGUGGGGGUAGUCCGGAAAACAACCCGACCAAGACCAGUGUUGGAACUGCAGCGCAUCCUGCCUUGAGGUUCAUAGGUAAAACAACCAAAGAAGCGGUUGCUGGAAAAACAGACGAUCUCAUUGAAAACCUGUUAAAUCUUCCGUCAACAAGAGAAAAGGAAAGCAAAAAAGUAGGCGAAGAAAUUCUGGACCUGCUAAGCAAACCGACUGCAAAAGAGCGAUCGCUCGUUGAAAAAUUUAAGUCACAGGGUGGCGCCUCGGUCCAAGAGUAUUGUCCUCACGGAACAGCAGCAGAAUGCCGUUUGCGGGCAAGCCAGUGCGGAAGUGCGGAGGUUUGUGGUCGACUUCAUUUCAAAAAGAUACUUCAAAAACACACGGAUGAGACGCUCGGAGACUGUUCGUUCUUAAAUACGUGCUUUCAUAUGGACACCUGCAAAUAUGUACACUAUCAAGUAGAUAUCAGUGGUCAUUCGGGCGGGUCAGGAUCUGGCACCGUGGCAGCAAGUGGUGGUCCCGGAGGACGAAUCUCGACUGGGUUAGCCGGAGAGUUGGAAAAGCCAGUGGCCAUUCUGCAGCCACCACAAUGGAUACAAUGCGAUCUCCGAUUCUUCGAUAUGAGAAUAUUGGGUAAAUUUAGCGUAAUAAUGGCGGACCCUCCCUGGGAUAUACAUAUGGAACUUCCGUAUGGAACUAUGUCAGAUGAUGAAAUGCGUCAGUUGAACAUUCCGUGUCUGCAGGACGAGGGCCUAAUUUUUCUUUGGGUAACCGGACGUGCUAUGGAGCUUGGCAGAGAAUGUCUCAAACUCUGGGGCUAUGACCGAUGUGAUGAAAUAAUUUGGGUGAAAACGAAUCAGUUGCAAAGGAUCAUACGCACAGGGCGAACGGGUCACUGGUUAAACCAUGGAAAAGAACAUUGUCUUGUCGGCAUGAAGGGUGAUCCAACACACAUCAACCGCUGGCUCGACUGUGACGUUAUCGUCGCAGAGGUUCGGGCUACAUCGCAUAAACCUGAUGAAAUUUACGGUAUCAUCGAACGUCUGAGUCCCGGAACGCGCAAAAUCGAAUUGUUCGGUAGACCACAUAACAUCCAGCCGAAUUGGAUGACUCUAGGAAACCAGCUAGAUGGCGUACGACUUAACGAUCAGGAUAUUAUCGAAGAUUUCCGUCGAAGAUAUCCCGACGGAAACUGCAUGCAUAAACCUCCGCCAUCACAAGGGCAAAGCACUACUUACUAAACGACACAACGUCAACGGCUAGCUCCACCUUCCUGAAGUGAUUUGUAGAUCUGCUAGCACGCUGUUUUCCUUUGUACCUUUUGAUAAUGUUUGUGACUGACAGUAUCGUAUUGCAAACAUCUUAUCUAGUUUCUUACUUAGCGAGAGAGGAAUAUUACGUUGAAUGCGACUCGCCUAUUUCACGAACGAAAAGACGGUGGUUUGUUUCCUUUAUACCAUUUCUGAGAUUAAUACGGAAUUAGAUAUUGGUUCUCUCAUACGCUUCGUGAUUUACUGUGACAGAUUAUAUUGUUAAUUAUCGUUCGCCUUAAAAGACAGUAAAAUACGUUGACGAAGUGUCCACCAAACGGCUUGCCUUGAAAAUUACAGUCGAGAAGUAUGCGAAUAGUAAGUUGUCCGUAUUGUGUUGCUAACUUUAAGUUAUGAUAAUCUUUGAUUGUUUAGUACAAAUUAAUUAAAUGUCUUGUAGUGAAAUCUCAGAAAGGUGAAUACUGUUCUGCGGUGCUACGUCUAAAUACUUCUAAAACAGAGGAAGCGAAAAACAGCCUGAGCUGCUUGUGCUGUUAACGUAUAUAAUUGGCAACUGCCCUAUGUGAAUGGUCGUAAAUUUGAAUGAAAGUAUUAUGUUAAAACAGAAAAGGAGCGAGAAUUCAUGUGUCUCGGUUAAAGCUGUAUCGUUCACAUGUGCAAACGGACUUCAAAACCGAACACUGAGACCUAUUAAAAAUAUAAUGAAGAAUUAACAAAAAAAAGGAGUGGUCAACAAGUGUGAUUACAAGAGCACACUGAACACAGCACUAGCUGGCUUAAACCAUAUUAAGACAGACAAAAAGUAUCGACUGGUUUGUAGCAAUGACCAAACGCACAUCUCCUCGUAAAGACCCUAUAAGUACCAAGUGUUUACUUGCACUGUAUCGGAUUCCGUUAGUAUCUUAAUUAUUCUAUAUUUUAAUGCUGAUAAUAAGUACGAUAUUGAUUUAUUUGUGGUUCUACUAACUGACCCACGGUGUCAAUGCUGUCCGAGACCAGGUAGGCUUUAUAUCGCCACGUGAUUAUGAAUGGAGACUUAGGUUAAGAGAAGAAGAUACUUAACCGCAUUACCUUGAUGGUGUAAACGAAAAAAAAAACUUGAUUUAUGAUAGAUCACCAUCUUGAUUUCCUAAGUGUGUAAUGCGACUGUUCUCAUUAAUGAAAUUAUCGCCGUUUAAGUCACGUGGCUUUAAUUCCGUCUGGCAAAAUGAAAAAACACUAAGAUCUCUUACCAUAAAAGUUGCUUUUCGUGUUCUUCGUCCGGUACUUAAGCCAUUAGGCAUUACUUUAAACGCCUGGCGUUUCCCAGCCGGAGAGUUUGGCGCAAGUAAAAACAAACUACAGCAUUCCCUUUGUUUUAAGAAUUACAAGUAGUAGACACUAUCGUAGCUAGUGAGUACUGCAAGGAGUUUCAUCGGCUAUUUGCGAAUGCAUCUUCAGGCCUGGAAAUGAACAGAACUCGUACAGACAAACUUGUCAUCACCUCGUUAAAAUGUAGGGUUUAUAGGAUAAAACAAAACUGAGCAGUGGAAAGAGAUCCUUGUACGCAACAGCGCUAUCGUGUACGAACAAGAAUAUCGUUUUCAUCGUAAUGCACUCUUGGUGUCGAAGGACACUGGUGUGUGUUUGUUUAAAGCAGAGAUUUGUUAAUAGCUGCUUGUGAAAAUGACGUGGCGUGCAUAUUUUGCGUUUAUGUUCAAGGCGACAUAAGAUGGUACUUUUGGGAACCAGAUAUGUGCUUGAUGUGAAAAGGUAUAGCCAUAGCCAAUUAUUUAUUAUUGCAUAGCUAAAAAAGUUAUUCUUUGCAUAAGUACAUUUGAUAUUAAUGUAUAACUAUAUGUAAACAUAAUAUGAAGAUGUGACGCAUUUCCACGUGACUUUUGACGUAUAGGGAAAAUCAAUAAAAAGUACAAUACACUACUUAAUGAUAUAUAAUUUCUAAGCGCUCCUCUUUAAUCGAUCCCUGCAUACCAGCACGAUGACGCAGCUAUCAGCGUUUUGUAUCAUCGCCGAUUUCAGCAUUUUUUUUUCUCUUUAAAGUUAUUUUGAAAACUGUCAAAAUGUUUUUUAACUCAGUUAAGUAAAUAAAAA